UUGAGUCUUUUUUUUUAUUUAUAAAAACAAGGAAGGGGCAUGAAAGUACGGAAUGGAAUAAGUUGAGCCUGGUGAUCUGAGCAGAAGAGGCCUCUGGUCUUUACUUGAGCGGACAACGAGCAAUCUUUUCUAGUGUUACAAUCACUUCACUUCUUCCAUUACUGUCUCUCCAAAAUGUGUUCAAUCAAAGCUUUCUGUUUCAUCUCUCAAGCAGAAUUGCCCUUGCCCACUCCCAAAUUGCCCAACCAUAAACCCUCCAAAACCCUCACUCCAUUAUUCACCAAUCCACUCCCUUUCCUUAAACCUAACUCCCUGCCUUUCCGAACAACCAAACUUCACAUUUCCCGCAACCCCACUUCAAUUCUCCCAACCAAAACCUCUGCUGUCUCUCCCAAGAAUCAGUUUUUCAAAUCUUUAUCAGGAAAAAUUGUUGUUUUCCUCGUUGGGUCUUUCAUUUUUAUGGGGUGCUUCAAUGCUAGACCAUGUGUGGCUCUACCUGCUCAAACAACUACCACUUCUAGAGUAAAUUUAGAGGGAGAGAAGGAAACCCAGAAAGGGAAAAGUGAGGAAGAGGAGAGGUAUGAGAAGGUUUUGGAGAGAGAGCCUCGAAGUGUUGAGGCCUUGAAGGUGGUUUUGUAUGGGAAGAUGAGGAGAGGGAAGACUAAAGAAGCUGUGGAAUGUGUGGAGAAGUUGAUUGAUAUCCAGCCAAAUGAGGUUGAAUGGAGGCUAUUGCAGGCCCUUUGUUAUGAGCUGAUGGGGCAGCUCAGCAAGGCUAAAAGACUGUUCAAAGAAAUAUUGGAGGAGAGGCCUCUUUUGCUCAGAGCUUUGCAUGGUCUGGCUAUGGUAAUGCACAAAAACCAUGAAGGUCCAGCCGUCUUUGAGAGGCUUAAUGAAGCUCUAGAAGUUGCCCUGCGUGAAAAGAGAGUCACUGAGGAAAGAAACAUAAGAAUUUUAAUUGCACAAAUGCAUGUUGUGAAGGGGGAAUUGGAGGAGGGGCUGAAGAAAUUUCAAUAUUUGAUGAAUGAUAAUCCUCGAGAUUUUCGGCCGUAUCUUUGCCAGGGCAUUAUCUAUAGUUUACUUGACAAGAAGAAGGAAGCAGCUGAACAGUUUGAGAUAUAUCAGAGUCUUGUACCUGAAGAAUUUCCACAAAGAUGUUUCCUUGAUGAUGUUGUAUUGGCAGCAAAAACCAAAUCUCACGAAUGGCUCCAGAAGGAGUUUGAAGCUGAAUUCUCAUACAAGAAGCGAAGAGCGGCAAAUGUAACUUAGGUGGUAGGUUUUCAUCCUCAUAAUUCUGGUGAACAGUUCUAGAAACAGAAAGGGGGCAUGGAAUUUUGAUAGCAAUGUACAGAGUGGUUUGCAUGCUGGUGUUCAUCUGCAUAUGAAUCCCAGGGGUUUGCAAGUUUCAACCAAUCCUCUGUGGACUUGUGAACUAAUCAUGUGGAAAUAUGCAGUUAGAUGUGUUUACGGAAUUUGAUCUUCUCUUUCCAUUUUUGUUGCCUACUUUUUAGUAGGAGGCCCAUUGUUGUCCCCUCCAAAUAAUGUUAGCGGAGUUUUGAUUUUAUUUCUUUAAUAUUUUUUAA